AUGGCAAUAGUUCUAAUUACAUCACUUCAUUUUCUGAUACUUCUGUAUGUUUCCUGUUUUUCCUUGGCCGUUGCUCAGGAUGAAAAUGGCUUCAUCUACAAUGGCUUCCACAAUCAAGAACUCAAUCUGGGUCUCGAUGGAAUCGCAGAAAUCUGCCCCAAUGGUCUAUUGCAGCUAACAAACCUUUCACGCCAAGAAGUUGGUCAUGCUUUCUAUCACUUCCCAAUAAAAUUCAACACAACUAAUUCGUCUCUUUCAUUCUCUACCAACUUUGUGUUUGCCAUGGUUCCUGAAGUGGAUAACCUUGGUGGUCAUGGCAUGGCCUUCACCUUCAGUCCCUUGACAGACUUCACCCAUGCUCUGUCAAAUCGGUUUCUGGGGCUCUUCAAUGAUUCAAAAAACGGCCUUCCUGCAAACCACGUCUUGGCAAUCGAGCUUGACACUGUUCCCGAGUCUGAAUUUGGAGAUAUUACAAAACAUGUCGGAAUUGAUGUGAACGGCAUGAAAUCAGUUGAAUCAGCUCCUGCAAUGUAUUUUUCCAAUGAAGAAGGGAAGAAUAUAAGCGUGGAGCUCAUGAGUGGGAAUCCAAUCGAUCUUUGGAUAGACUAUGAUGAAACAGAGAAGUUAGUGAAUGUAACGCUUGCUCCAAUCACAAUCCCAAAACCAAACCGGCCUCUGUUGUCAACACACGUUGAUUUGUCUCAAAUUCUCUUGGAUUCCAUGUAUGUUGGUUUCUCUGCAGCCACAAGUAUACCUGCAAGUUACCACUACAUUCUGGGAUGGAGCUUUAAUAAAAGUGGACCAGCACAGAGCCUUAAUUUUUCAAGCCUUCCUUCACUUCCCCAACAGAGGAAAAGGAAGGAGAAACCAAACCUAGUGAUCAUCACUUUUCUCAUGGCAGUAGCGCUUGUGCUGAUAACUGUCGCUGGAGCUGCUGCUUACAUUUUGACAAGAAGGAAAUGUAAAGAAAUACGAGAAGAUUGGGAAGAGGAGUAUGGUCCCAACAGACUUGAUAGAAAAGAUACAAAGGAAAGAUUGAGACAAUUUUAUGUACUUGCCAUUGCUCUAGGCAAGAAGCCAUAA